UGUCGUUUUACCUUUUUAGUUUUUACGAGGUCUUAUUCAACCAGAGUGACGGCUCCUGCUGGACUCAUUAUAUCGAGUAGGAAGUCAUAUUUGCUUCCUGGAGGAAUUCGAGUUACAGUCUAUUUUACUCUACACUGGUGGGAGAUAACUCCAAUUCAAGACUGGUGGUACGACAUUGAGUGCCCGAUGAUGGAAAAACCGUCUUCUUCUAUCAACAGCCCAGUGGAUCUCGAGGACAGGGAUCCCAAUGGACUCAAUGAGCAUCUCCAGGUCAUGUGGGAGGACGUAAUCGGGGAACCCGACGGCAUCAGGAGUCCAGAAUGCGCCUGGAGACUCAGUGGACACUGUUUUCGAUUAUCCAGAGGCUGUUGCUAUAUCUUUUUAUCUGUUAUCAUAGCUCCAUUUGUUGCACUCGUUUUGGGAUUCACAUUCGCAUGCCUUUCGUUUCAACACAUCUGGUGUAUAGCCCCAUGUCUUCGAGUGUGGAAAAUAUCGUGUGCUGCGACGAGGACGUUUUUCACUGGUUUUACUCAUGCUCUAGUGCGUCCUUGCGCAGAAUCCAUCGGCUACUUGUUCCAUAAUAUUCGAAUACACAAUCAAAGACUGCCCGAUGGUCCGCAACUCAAAGAAGAUGCCUUAAUCGUGUAAUUGGAUGAAUAAAACCAAAAACUCUAUGCUACUCCUAAUGAAA